CCAAGCUCUGCGGCCGCUGCUACUACCGUGCAGCCUUCGUGUCCUUUGUUUUGUGCAGCCGUUCUUGUGGAAAUGGCGACGUCGGCAAUAUCGGCAGCACAGAAGAUGCAACUAAUUAAGGGAGAGCGCCACCUUUUCUCAUCGUCGGACGAUAAUAUUGUGAUGAAGCAAAUCCUGGCCACGCAUUCUCCUGAUGGCCGUGAUGUCGAUGCGAGGCCAUUGUUCCACCUCGUCCAGGACAUCCUGCAACGAGCGACUCCUACUCUUAUAGUGACUCAGAUGGAGGAUGUGGAAGACACAGCACAUCAUCCUGCAGUUGUUGGAAUGCUCGAAGCGCUUGCAUACACCAUCCACAGGAUUUCUAGCGAGAUGAUAUACAAGUGCACCAGUGGCAGUGAUGCCCAUGCAACAACACUGGCCUUGUUCAACAUGUUGUCAAGCUACACAUGGGAUGCAAAGGUUGUCUUAGUCCUAGCAGCCUUUGCAGUGAACUAUGGGGAGUUCUGGCUGACAGCCCAGCUUCAUACUGUCAAUCCCCUUGCGAAAUCUGUGUCUCUACUUAAGCAAGUCCCUGAUAUUAUUGAGCACACUGAUGUUCUUAAGCCGCGAUUCGACACCAUCAACAACCUUAUCAAGGCCAUGGUGGAUGUCACAAGGUGCAUCAUUGAGUUCAGGGAGCUCCCCUCAGAAUACAUCUCCCCCGAGUCCCCGGACAUGUCGGUGGCCAUGGCGCAUAUCCCUACCGCCGCCUACUGGGCCAUUAGAAGUGUUGUAGCUUGUGCUGCUCAGAUCACUAUGCUUAUUGGCCUUGGCCACGAGUACGUGAGCUCCACCACUGAUACAUGGGAAUUGUCGAGUUUAGCUCACAAAGUUGGCAACAUUCAUGAACACCUUACUAAGCAACUUGCCCUGUGCCAUCAACAUAUUAAUGAGAAGAAGCACGUUGAGGCUUAUCAGACACUUGUGCGACUCUUUCAAACUGUCCACAUUGAUAACAUGAAGAUCCUUAGGGCAUUCUUAUACUCGAAGGAUGAUCUUCCCCUCAUUGAUGGUACGAGCAAGAAAAGAGUCGGUGUUGAUGUGCUGAGAAGGAAGAUUGUUAUGUUCUUCAUCUCGGACCUCGACGUCCCCCGUGAAGAACUCUUAGUUCUUGUUCAGAUAUACAACGACACUCACCAAGGGAAGCUCGAGAGGCCCUACGAUAUCGUCUGGUUGCCGGUCGUUGACAGGCACCAUCCAUGGAACAAAACCAAGGAGGAGACCUUCAAUCGCUUGGCAUCCAUGAUGCCAUGGUAUUUGCUGCACGACCCUUCGCUGCUCGACCCAGCUGUGAUCAAAUACGUCAGGGAUGUGUGGCGCUUCGAGAAGAAGCCGGUGCUGGUGGUGUUGGAUCCUCAGGGGAAGGUUGUGUGUCCUAACGCCCUCCACAUGAUGUGGAUAUGGGGCACUCUGGCCUUUCCUUUUACCAGUAACAGGGAGGAGGCUCUUUGGAAUGAGGAGAUUUGGCGGCUUGAAUUCCUCAUCGAUGAAAUCGAUCCUGCAAUACUGGGAUGGAUGGGAGAAGGCCAGUACGUUUGCCUAUAUGGAGGCGAGGACAUCGACUGGAUUCGAAGGUUUACUACACUCCUGAGGCGUGCGGCACAGGAGGCAAAGAUCCCCUUAGAGAUGGUAUAUGUGGGGAAGAGCAAUCCAAAGGAGCGAGUGAAGAAAGUCGUGGCGACGAUCGCUGCGGAGAAGCUCAGUGGCUACUGGCAAGACCCGGUGAUGGUGUGGUUCUUCUGGGUGAGGCUGGAGAGCAUGUGGCACUCCAAGAUGCAGCACGGCAAAACCAUCGAGAAUGACCCCAUCAUGCAAGAGGUGAUGACGAUGCUCACCUUCGACGGCAGCGACGAGGGCUGGGCCCUCAUCAGCCGGGGCUCGGUGGAGAUGGUAAAGGCCCAAGGCAAGAAGCUCAUCGACUGCCUCUCGGAGUUCGACAAUUGGAAAGCAACUGUGGAGCAGGAAGGCUUCAUCCAAGCGAUGACAAAUGCAUUGCUGCCAUACCACACCACUGAGCAUUGCACUCGUCUCAUCCUUCCCGGCGACACCGCCCCGAUCACGGAGAAGGUGGCUUGCAACGAGUGCAAGCGUCCCAUGGAGAAGUUCACCCUCUACAGCUGCUGCAAUGACUGAAACUAUCAUCAGCGUGCAUUACAUUUUCCAGCCUUUGGAAGCUUGAUUGGGUGUGACUCAAGAGCAUGCUUUUUUAGCAGGUCUUGCGUUAGUAACGUUUGAAGUGUUUUGCGUUCUAUGGGAUCAUCGUCCUUGCGAGGUUUUCUCAGUAUUGUAAUGUGUUUUUGUUAUGGACCUAAGAAUAAAAUUUUUCUGCUUUUCUAUGAUAGAUGUAA